CAAGGGUGGGAAGAAAGAUUCCCGGAUGGUAUAGAGAUAUCAGAGAUAUUUGAGCGUACACAGGCCACCAAAGCUGCAAGUACCUCACUAAAUCAGGCAUCUUUCGCUGUGUAUAAAGGUCAAAAUUUGACGUUAAAUACUCAGCCUGAAUCCUCUACCUCAUCAAAUGAUCCAUGUACUUCUGGUCCUUCUUCGAAAAAGCCUGCUUGUCCGUGUGGGUGGAAACAUUAA